ACGGCGACGGGUACACAGUGCGGCCCUGCGCGGGAGCGCAGCCUGCCGCGCCGCCGCCAUGAGCCAGAGGCAAGUUCUGCAAGUUUUCGAGCAGUACCAGCGCGCCCGGACGCAGUUCGUGCAGGCGGUGGCCGAGCUCGCCGCCCGGCCGCAGAACAUCGAGACCCUACAAAACGCAGGUGUAAUAUCUUUGCUGAGACCUCUUUUGCUGGAUAGCGUCCCAACUGUGCAACAUACUGCGGCUUUGGCUCUUGGGAGACUGGCCAGUUAUAAUGAUGACCUGGCAGAGGCAGUUGUGAAGGGAGAGAUUCUUCCACAGCUUGUGUAUUCUUUGUCUGAGCAGAAUCGUUUCUACAAGAAAGCAGCUGCAUUUGUACUAAGAGCAGUUGGUAAACAUUCUCCACAGCUAGCUCAGGCAAUAGUUCAGUGUGGAGCACUGGAAAUGCUGGUGAUUUGCUUGGAAGAUUUUGACCCUGGAGUCAAAGAAGCUGCAUCUUGGGCACUUGGGUAUAUUGCCCGACACAAUUCAGAACUGUCACAAGCUGUGGUGGAUUCAGGAGCUGUUCCUCUUUUAGUGCUCUGUAUCCAGGAGCCAGAAAUUGCUUUGAAAAGGAUUGCUGCCUCAACUCUCAGUGAUAUUUCAAAGCAUUCUCCUGAGUUAGCACAGACAGUAGUGGAUGCAGGAGCUAUCGCUCCCUUAGCUCAGAUGAUCCUGAACCCUGAUGCUAAACUGAAGCGUCAGGUGCUGUCAGCUCUAAGCCAAAUAGCAAAGCAUUCAGUGCAUCUUGCAGAGUUGGUGGUUGAAGCAGAAAUUUUCCCAGUUGUGCUCACAUGCCUGAAGGACUCAGAUGAAUACGUCAAGAAAAAUGGUGCAACUUUAAUUAGAGAGAUAGCGAAACACACGCCUGAGCUUUCACAGUUUAUAGUAAAUGUAGGUGGAGUUGCUGCUGUGCUUGAUUGUAUUGGCAGCUGCAGAGGGACUGUCAGGCUGCCUGGCAUCAUGAUGCUUGGUUAUGUAGCAGGUCAUUCGGAGAGGCUGUCAAUGGAAGUGAUUAUCUCCAAGGGAAUACCACCACUGUGUGCCUGCUUGGUAGAAGAAAAUGAAGAUCAUAUUAAGGCAGCAGCUGCCUGGGCCUUGGAACAGAUUGGAAAACAUACUCCUGAGCAUGCACGUGCUGUUGCAGUAGCAAAUGUGCUACCAACACUACUUGCUAUGUAUAUGGACACACGCAGUUCAGAAGAUCUUCAGAUGAAAACUAAAAAAGCCUUAAAGAACAUCCUUAAGAAGUGCAUGUAUCUUCCAGCACUUGAACCAUUGCUGCAUGAUGCCCCUCCCAAUAUUAUGAAACACAUUAUUGGGCAGUUUAGUAAGGGUCUGUGCAAUUCUCUGCUGUCUCAGUUUGACCUGAGGGGAAGGGAUUACGUCUCAGAGGUGCUGUCUGUCUUCGGGGCCUCUUCCAAGAGAAUUUUCUGCUGUCUUACCCAGCCUGGAAGUCACAGUGUGGAGGAGGAAGGCAGGGAAAGGCCCAUAUCCUGUCUCUUUGCUAGUUCCUUCUUGGCAGUUCUUGCUGUGGGAGAUAUGUAGAAACAGCUCUUUUCAUUUCCUACAACAAAAUGAUCCCAGUUUUUACUGACACUUCUAUGUAGCAUAUCACAGGGAGAAGUCCCUUUGCUCCCCCAUUGUUUCUUGACCUGUCUGUUGAUUUUGUACAGUCUAGAGGGAGGAUAGAAAUGCAGGCUGUUUGCCUAUAUGCAUGGCAGAAAUCUCAUCCUUUUCCUUCAUCAUUUUAGGCAAUCCCUUCCUCCUCCCUGGCUCUCGUUUUACACUGAGAUACAGCCAAAUUUAUGGCUUGAUUUGUCUGACCAGUGUGACAGCUUGCAAAGUGCUUUUGCCCCCAUAGUAUGUAACUCUCAGAGUUGGUUUUAAACCCAUCUGGUUUUGUUGUAGAUGCAGCUGACAUCUUGCAUUAUCUCUCUUUCUUUUUUCCUUCCUUCCUUUUUUUUUUUUU